CUUACUCAGCAGUGAGCCAUAAGAGGCUUACUUCACUGCCCUGUUUUAUAGAGAACCGUGUCUUGUAGAUUAGAAUGCGGAAGGUGUGAGCUUUCGGAAGUGCUGUGAGAAAUACACACAUACCUACUAUCAGAGGCAUAUUAAUGGAUCAUUAGAUAAAACCAGAAUGGAGCAGCAAGGCUCCUGCACAUAGACCAAGCUACAAUCAACACAAGAAGACACUGUGUAAUGGCUGGAAAAUACAACCAAGACUGGAUGGCUGCUCUGCCACCAAGUCUAAGUGCCUUACCGUUGGCCAAUUUGGCAAUACCAGGAUCACAUGAUUCUUUCAGCUUUUGGGUUGAUGAAAAGUCUCCAGUUGCACCAGACCAGGGAGCGUCUAUCAAACGCUUAGCAAAAAUUUCUUUGGUGAAAAGAGUAAUGAAGAAGUGGUCUGUUACUCAAAAUUUAACCUUUAAGGAACAGCUGGAGUCAGGUAUUCGCUAUUUUGACCUACGAGUGUCUUCCAAACCAGAAGAAGCAGGACCAGAUAUUUAUUUUAUACAUGGUCUCUAUGGAAUUAAAGUGUGGGAUGGACUGAAAGAAAUAAAUGACUUCUUAACUAAUCAUGAUAAAGAGGUUGUUCUGUUGGAUUUCAACCAUUUUUACGCAAUGGAUUAUGGUCAUCAUUUAUACCUUGUCAAAAUGUUAAAAGAAGUAUUUGGAAAUAAAUUAUGUAUUGCUGAUUGUGUAGAAAACAUUACACUACAACAUUUGUGGGAGAGAAAAAAACAGGUUCUAAUUUUCUAUCAUUACAAUAUAUGGAACGACUAUUCAUUCUUGUGGCCAGGAAAUAAAAUGCCAGCACCAUGGGCAAACACAACAAAUGUUCACAAACUGAUUCAGUUCCUAGAGACAACUCUUGGAGAGCGGUCAAAACGUGGAACAUUCCAUGUUUCUCAAGCUAUUCUUACACCAAGAGCAAAAACCAUUGUACGUGGAUUGAAAUCUGGAUUAAAAAAUACACUUGUACACAGAAAUCUUCCAGUGAUUUUAAACUGGGUGAAAACGCAGAGGCCAGGUGCCUUGGGUGUUAACAUCAUCACAUCGGAUUUUGUAGAACUGGUCGAUUUUGCAGAAACGGUUAUAGGAUUAAACUAUUUGCUUUUAAAGGGAAAAAGAGACAGUAGUUAACACAACAAUUGUUACAGUGCUAACUGAAUGGAAAUUGAAUCAGAAUACUUGAUCUUUAAGCAUCAUAUGAAAAGCAGAUAUUACAUUUUGAGAUGUUAAAUAUCGUUUUGGAAUUUAACCAGUGUGACAAUGCCAUCCUCUACCUUUGGCCUUAUUUUCUACGAAGUGUUCACUUAAGGCCAUCAAGUCAGAUGUUUCCAAUUAUAGAUUUUUCUGUAGUAAACAGUGGUUUUUAUACAGAAUGGUUUUAUAAGGAGCCAGCCAUAAAAAGUGAACAGGAUGAUGUCGCUCUAAUCACGUCCUUCCAGUGCUCUACAUACUACAAUUUAAAUGCACUGAUUGUCUUUCAAUGACUUUAAAAUUGUUUCUGUAUUUUACUAUUUAUUGGCCAAUACUUUGCUUUUAAGCUAUGCUUUAUAUUUAUGAUACUAUGUGCUGUAAUAUGUUAGAAUCCACCACACCCUACCAUUCAGUAUGCAAGGUACUAUUGAAAUCCCUUCUGGUAAAGUUUACUUUUCAAUCAAUUUCUAAAAUUAUCUACAAACAAAAACACAUUCAUCUCUUUCUUCAAUUUAUCUUU